AUGGGGUUUUACAACUCCAUUUCUGCAGUGUUUUUGUCAUCCUUUUUUAUGCAUGCUUUCAUUCUUCACUCUUGCCUUCCCAGUUUCGCCCUUCCGGGAAAUGAGACAGAUAGACUCGCUUUGCUUGAAAUCAAGGCUAGCAUAACUCAUGACCCUUUUAAAGUCCUGACUUCAUGGAAUGAAACCAUCCACUUUUGCUCUUGGCAUGGCGUUACAUGUGGUCGUCGUCAUAAGAGGGUCACAAGCUUGAGCCUGCCGUCCUUGAAACUUGCAGGAUCUAUACCGCCACAUGUUGGGAACUUGAGUUUUUUGAGAGUCAUUGAUCUCGGAGCAAACAACUUAGGCCAUGAAAUUCCUCCAGAAUUCAGCCGCCUGCACAGAUUGAAAUUCCUGUGGUUAAACAACAAUUCGCUGAGUGGAGAAAUUCCCACUAACUUGUCGCGUUGCUCUGAGCUCCUCGGGCUAGAUGGUGGUUUCAAUGUGCUGAUGGGAAAGAUUCCAAAGGAGCUUGGCCUCUUGUCAAAGUUAAGAGUUUUUUCCAUCCACUUUAACCACUUUACAGGAGGAGUCCCUACUUCUUUUAGCAACUUAUCAUCUUUUGAAGUGUUCUCCGCAACUUCUAAUAAUUUGAGUGGCACUGUCCCGGAUAUUUUUGGCCGAAUGACCAAUCUUAGCUUUCUUGCCUUCGAUGUAAAUAGCUUUUCGGGUAUGCUUCCUCCCUCAAUCUUUAAUCUCUCUUCUCUCACAGUCCUUACUAUGGGAAUAAAUGAAAUCCAAGGGACGCUGCCCUCAAACUUUGGUAUGGUCAUUCCGAGUCUCCAAAUAUUUUCCAUUAACGGCAACCAAUUCAGUGGAUCUAUUCCUGUUUCAUUAUCAAAUGAGUCAAAUCUAAUUGGGUUGGGGAUGGGAGGUAACCACCUGCAUGGAAAGGUCCCUCCUUUGACGAAUUUGCAUAAGCUUAAGCGGUUAGUCCUUGCUGACAACCAUCUCGGAAGUGGGGGGAUUGAUGACUUGACCUUUCUCUGCGAUUUGAGCAAUGCCACCCAUUUAGAAAUUCUCCAAAUGUUUACUAACAAUUUUGGGGGCACGUUACCUCAAUGCAUAGGAAACCUGUCUUUCUUCUCUUCAAACCUUCCUUCUAGGUCAAAAUAA